UAACUUUCUUCAAUCAGAAAGCUUUAGUUAUUGCAGUGUAUCAUACACGUUGUAACUUGUAAGUAUGAGCAACCGACAGCUAUUGAUUUGUGCCAGCCUGGCUUUGUUCCAGAUUGUACUGGGUUACGAGCCAGUUUCAAGUGCAAACAGAGCGCCACCCGUAGGUGAGGCUUCACUGGUUCCCAUCUGCUAUUUCAAGAGCACUUCAAGUGCGUCAGAGAGUCAGCAAAGUGCCAUCAUUAGUACAUAUGGCCAACCAGGGGAAGAUCUUGGGGUAGACGAGGACCCUGCUGUAGUUGAUAAAAGCAGGGUUGCUAAGAAGAUUCCCUAUUACCAGGACGUAUGUCCAGAGCAGACCGUUUAUGGACGUCUCUAUUACGCCCAAACCACCGGCGGCCAAUGGGUGAAGAUAUUACAGACCUCCUGGUACAGACAAUAUUUCCACUCUGCUGUAUGCAAAUCGAAGACUUGUAAAGGAGUCAAAGGUAAUUGCUAUCAGAAGUACCGAUACACCAGAGCUCUUGUGUACAAAUUCACAGGCUGUGGAUGGGGAUACAACAUCUUUCAGUGGCAGAACAUCCGUCUACCGUCUUGCUGUUCUUGUCGCACCAGCCUCUGGUGGUAUAACAAAGAAAAGGCAGCAGCACCAGAGGAACCAGAACUGAAACCAGCAGAUCUCAUUUGAGACACACCAGCUUAACCUGUGGCAGAUAAAGUCAGUUUAACACAACCUAGUGAUAUUCAAUUAUAAAGAAAAAAAUAAUUUACUUUGAAUUUUUUUGAAUUAUUUCUCAUUAACUUUUAGUAUAGUAGGCCAUCUCUCGAACUCGAAGCAUUAAAUGCCUGAAUUUGUAAAGCAUCCAAAUCUCCUACCGGCGAGUUACAGAAAUUCACAAAAGGUACAAUUUUCCACAUUCGUUAUGAUAGUUAUUUGUAGAGACUAUUUUGUUAUUUUUUUUAAAUGUUAAUUUUGAAAAUAAACGGUUGUGGUUUCAAACGGAA